AUGCAAGAGAUUGAGAGAUCAGUCGAGGGGGCACGCGAUGAUGACAACAACAUUUCGCCCCCCCGUGGUAAAUCUCGACACUUGCGCUAUCUCUGGGGCCUCGAAGCCCUCUCUCUCCACGAACGCCCAGACGAAAGCUCCGGCAAAAGGAACCACACACGCAAGCACGAUUCCAAAGGCUGGGCCUGCCGUCCGUUUUCACAGCGGCCGCAACAGGAGGUGUCAACGAUGUUAGCUCAACUCUUAGGCAUGGGCAGAAAGAAGGAGAAGGAGAAGGACAGCUCAAAAGACAGCAGCCACGGCACCAGCAGCACUGCUGUCACAGCAGCAGACGGCAAGCGGCGAGAGAAGGGCAGCGAGGAGCACGAGCUAGGAGUCGCUGCGGCGGACGGAGCCCUUUCACCGGGCACCGCCGUUGCCGCCGCCACAGCCGUAGAUGUAGAAAAGGCCGCAAUGGUGGGUCAAACACCGGGAGCGGCUCAUUCACUCCUGCCCCCAUCCGCACCCACGUUGCCGCAUUACACCACACCCAACUCGCGUGCCGCAGCGGGAGGCGCCAAGGCUAUCACAACAGCCGCGGUCGGCAGAUGCCAAGAGGAAUCGAGCCGCGAAGCAGCCGGCGUUGCUGCUACUACGGCUGCAGCCACCGGGACGGCGGCGGCGGCUGGACAGGGAGAGAGCGGUGCGUUGGUGGCUAGCGGGAGAUCGCUGGCGCCCUCGCCGCCUGUGGGGCCUGCGGCGUUUGCGAGCCCGGCGGCGCCCUCGGCCUUGGUGCCGCAGCCGCUAGGACAGAAGGCGUUUUCCAGCGAGGCGGCGGCGGUGGAGCGCGGGUUGCACAUCCAGCUUGGUGACACCGGCGCGAAGACGGAAUCACAGCUUGGGGGGCAGCAGUUAGAAGCGGCGAAAAGGCUGCGGCACCUGCUGAGCACAAAUAGAGAGAGAAUGGUCCAGGAGAUGCUUAGCCGAGGCUGGGUGCCUCUGCUGCUGAGAUGGUUGGGGCUUGUGCACCGGCCGAGUCUGCAGGUGGAAGCAUUGUCGGCGCUGACGACCGUGGCACAGACCACGACAGAGCACACUCCUCUGCUCCUCAAGCAUGGAGCCGUCGGCACUCUGGUGAACUUGCUGAAAAGUCCUAGCUUGGAGAUGGUGGAGCAGGCGAUGUGGGUGCUAGGCAAGUUAGCGCAGGAUGGACAGGACGGGACGACUGCUAGAGACGCGGUGCUUCAGGCUGGAGUCUUGGGGCCGCUGGUGCGGUGCCUGGAGCAGCAUCAGACUUUGCUCAGCCUCCAGCGUAUCGGAGCGUGGUCGCUGUUUAACCUCUUGGACGGGCAGCCCCGGCCCACUGUGGAUGUCGCGACAGUCAACAUGGUGAUGCCGGCGAUCAACCGGCUGCUGAUGGCGGGAGACUCUGAGGUGUUGUGUCAUGCGUGCUCUGCUCUCAGCCAUCUCUGCGAUGGCUCCGCGGCGCACAUCAAGGUUGUGGUAGAGUCUGGAGUGUGCAAGCGCCUGGUGCAGCUGCUUGACCACCCCAGCUCACAGGUGGUGAAGCCUGCGCUCCGGACGAUCGGGAACGUGGUCUGUGCCGAGGACGAUGCGGACUACACUGAGGCUAUCCUUGAGGCCGGCUCCGUCGUGUGCCUAAAGAAGCUCAUCGCGCACCCCAACCGCGAGAUCCAGAAGGAGGCGUGCUGGACGCUGAGCAAUAUUGCGGCGGGUUCGGUGAGCCAGAUCCAGAGCGUGCUGGAUAGCGGUGCGAUGCCUCAGCUCAUCAAGCUCGCGACCUCGCCGGAGACGGAGUCCGAGGUGCGAUCAGAGGCCUUCUGGGUCGUCCUCAACGCCGCCAGCUGUGGCUCUGAUGCACAGAUCGAGUAUCUGGUGUCACAGGGGUGCGUGCAGAUCCUCUCGGAUCUCCUUGGGGAGAGCUCGAUGGUAAUGAUGGCCUUGGAAGGGAUCGAGAGGGUGCUCAGCGUUGGCGAUCUCCGCGUGAUGCGGAACGCUAUCGCCUCGCACUCGCAUGCAGAUCCCGAUCAGGGAGGCGAUGGUGCCGGUGGUCACGGGGAGGGAGAGGGAGAAGGGGACCAUUGCAUGGAGUGCGCGAGCAUGGAAGCGGUCGGGGCGGCGGCGGCGGCGGCGAACGCGAGGGACGGUCAUUGCGCCACGGAGGCGCUGGCGGGCGGAGAGGCCGGAGCGUACACGAACCCCUACGCUUGCAUGCUCACGCCGGAGAAGAUCCAGGCGCUAGAGGCGCACAAGAACUCGGCGGUUGCCAAGAGGGCCAGCCGAGUGUGGGCGCGCUACUUCGUGACGUGCGCGAUCUGCCGGGGGUUCUUCAGCAGGCACGGCAGCAGCGCCACCUUCUGCGCGGAGUGCAACUGCCACGUCUGCGGCAGCUGCGAUUGCACCGUCUUUCACCUCGCCUACCAGGACAAGCUGUGGGAGGAGAUGGAGGGCAAGGAGGAGAGGGGGAAGAAGGCCCAACAAGCUGCAAAGAAGAACAAGAAGGCUAAGAAGCGAGAAAAGAAGAAAAAUGCGGCGAAGGAGUUGGCCAUAGACCCUCUGCCGAAGGAGGCAAAGGCGGCCGGCGGCGGCGGCGGAGGGAGGGGGGCCGGCGGGGACAAACCUGCUGCUGCUCCGCCGGGCGGCGUGAAGCGGGCCGGCAAGGCGGGAGGGAAGGACAAGGACAAAGCUAGCGAUGGCGAAAAGGCGAUGCCCGGCCAGCGAUCACCUGGCUUAGGAAAGAAGGGGCAUGACCGGUCAUCCUCGCCCAACAAGGCUAGCAGCAGUGCCUCCACGGAGAGCAACAGCGAGGACGAGUACAGCCCGUCGUCCCCCCGCGACCCCAAGUACCACGACAACCGCACAUCGCCGGCAACCUCGACGGCAGCCGCCAUCAUCAACGCCACCGCGGCGGCGGUUAACUCCGCCGCCGCUGCAGCCGCCGCAAAGAAGAGCGGCGCAGGCCGGAGAACAACAGCAACAGCAGCAACAACAACAACAACAACCCCGCCGAAGAAGCCGCCCUUGGGCCGUGCUCAGGCGGCGGUGGCGGCGGUGACACCCACGGCACCCUCGCCGGAGGAGGAGGAAGAAGAGCGGGGGCAACGGCGCCCGGGGAAGAAGCAGGGCAGGAGAGACCCUCAGCAGCCGGCGGCGGUAGGGAGAGAAAACGCGGCGGCUGUCGCCGCUAACAGGUGGAAAGGCUCGCCGACAGCGGCGGCUAGCAGAGCCCUCGAGGACGAUGGCGAGGAGCCGUGGGUUGUAGUCGGCGGCACCGGCGGGAAGCGAGCUGGAGGCACCAAGUGGAACAAGGGGCAUCAGCAGCAGAGGGCGGCGGCGGCACCUGCACCACCGGUUGGGUCGGGCGGCGGCGGCAGCGGCGGGACCUCUUCUGUCGUCUGGGCGAGCGAAUCAAGCCCCGCGAAUGUCGCCGUUCCGGCGGCUACGCUGGUUCGGUCGAGCGCGGUGGCAUCACCACCGCCGGCCACCGCCGCCGCCGCCACCGGUACAGCGCCGCGUGUUUCCGUCCCGUCUCCCUCACACGUGCAAGUAGUUCCCCCCGGUGGCGGGGGGCCCGGGGGUGCGUGGGGGGGUGCUGGUGUCGUCAAGCCCGCGGUGCCCCCGGCGGUGUCCUCCAGACCUGUGGGUACGCCGAGCUCAACAACCGCGAAAGGAGUCCUCCGCCAGCCCGUAGCGAACGGUUCGCAGUUCGCCCCGCAACGGCAGGGGCCGGGCCCGGGGUCCGUGUGGGGUGCGUCUUCGAGUAUCAUGGACGCGAGACACAACCCUCUCUCUGUUGCCCCGCCCGCUUCUUCUGCUUCUUCGCCGGCGGCGGCGGCGGCGGGGUCUUCUCUCGGUGCGCCUUUCGCGGGAUUGCCGGCCGCCGCUAGGGCUCCGGGCCCCUCCAACCGGGCGGGUGUGAUUGGCUCACGGCCACAGGCGACGGCGACGACGGUGGCGGCGGCAGCGGUGGUGGCGAAGCCGGUCGGGCCGUCUUCGCGAGGACUCCCGACCGCGAAUGCUCUUUCGCCCACGUCGACUACGGUAGGCAGCAGAGUCACGACAACGGCGGCGAGUGUGAAUAGCAAGGGAGGGACGGGGGUCGCCGGUACCGUGAGCAGCAGCGGCGGUGUGUCGCCUGCCGGUGUCGCGAUCCCUUGGCAAGAGGCACCGGUCGGCGGUGGCAGCGGCAGCAGCAGCGCGAACAGCAGCAGCAGCGUGAGCAGCCUGUUCCGGAGCGCGUCAACCGGGUCGGAAGCCUUGAUCGAGAACGAGAAGCUGGUCAGCUUCUUGCUCGAGACCGGAUCGAUCUUGGCGCUGGCGCGGCGGCUAGAAGAGGAGGAAGACUGGAGGAGGCCAGUGCCAUCGUCUAUCAACUCCCGCCCGGGCUAAAUAGUGCUGCAACACUGGAGAGCUCGGUUGUUGCCGGAGAUCCGCGGAGAGAGUGCGGUCGAUCGAUGUGUAGAGUGAUGGCAUUACUGCUUUUUUUUGUGGCAACCUUUUUGCGUGCUGUUGUUGUCAUGUGGUGUGAGUUUCAAUGAAAUGUUUUCGCAUCGGGUCUUGCUGGGAGGGCGUCGGCCAAGGACUCGAGGUGGGAGUGGACUCUUUAGCACAGCCCCUUGUUGCGAUAUGUUUAUGUGUGUUCUUGUCUUACCCACCUCGCCGGUGCGUUUGAAUUCAUUCGACGUCCUCUCCAACCUCUCCAACUUACAUAUGCACAUCUACGAUGGGGCUUGUCUUUGGCUGUGCUUCUUUCAUCUUCCUCUUGUUGCUGAUGUAGUUUGUUCUACAAUUCUUCAUUCUGAAGUCUUGCGGAGUAUUCCCGGACUGACUGGGGCUUGCUCUAUGGUACUUAUACGUUUUAGUGUGGUCAGGCUACAGCAGUCCAUUGAGUUAUGUCAAGAGUAGGCCAACCAACAGGGUUUGAUACUGGGUCAUGAUAGGUUUCCACGUCUGCAAUACUUCGUAGAUGCAUGCGUGAUUAUUGGCGUUCCGCUUCGCACCAACAUGCCUCCGGUUUCUCUUGAUUCCUAUUCGAUACCAGUAGUAUGGAGUG